AUGCGAUUCCUCUCAGCCUCCCGCUUGAAACGUAUCAGUGCGUUCUCACUGUCUGCUUCCAAUCGUGGUGUCUACACCAAAGGUCUGGCUAAGGACCUGAUGAGCAAAUCUUGUUAUAAUGGCGUCAACUUUGUCAUCUCUGAGGACGCCACUGUGCUCGAAGCGCUAACACGUAUGGUAGGCAUCAAUCUAGGCUGUCUUGCUGUGAGUGGUGACAAUGGCAAGUUUGUGGGCGUUGUAACGGAGCGUGACUACUUGAGGAAAGUCGAACUUUUGGGACUUACAGCUAAAAAUACUUCCGUGGGACAAAUCAUGACGCAGCGAGCACGUCUCGUUGUUGCCAAGCAAGAUGAGACCCCCAACCAAUUAAUGACCAAGAUGCUGUCCUCGGACAUUCGCCACCUGCCCGUGGUCAAUGACGACGGCGACCUGACCGGCAUGCUUUCCAUCAAGGAUCUAGUGCGCGAGAUCAAACGCGAGCACGACGCUGAUGUGGACACACUUUGUAGUUUUGCAAUGGGUCACGGUGGUCACUUUGUGCUGGACUAA